ACCCAUUUAUGUGCCUGUGGCAAUAAUUUUCGUCAAUCACAUCAAUAUCAUUUUGUCGUGAAAUAUCAUUUAGAUGUUGUGAUAAAGUGGAAAAUAAACCGCAAAAAUGAAGAACAGAUUCAAUACAUAUGAUAUUAUGUGCAUGGUCACAGAAUUACAAAGGCUAAUUGGCAUGCGAGUAAACCAGGUCUACGACAUAGACAGCAAGACAUACGUGAUCCGUCUGCAGCGCUCCGAGGAGAAGAGCGUGCUGCUGCUGGAGUCGGGCAACCGGUUCCACACCACGCAGUUUGAGUGGCCCAAGAAUGUUGCUCCCUCGGGGUUUACUAUGAAGCUCCGUAAACACUUAAAAAACAAACGUCUAGAGAAACUCUCACAGCUCGGCAUAGACCGUAUAGUAGACCUGCAGUUCGGCAGCGGGGAGGCAGCCUACCAUGUCAUACUGGAGCUGUAUGAUAGAGGCAAUAUUGUGCUGACCGACCAUGAGUGGACUAUACUCAAUGUGUUGAGACCUCAUGUCGAAGGGGAUAAGAUACGGUUCGCAGUAAAAGAGAAGUACCCACUGGACAGAGCUAAGACCAGCUACGCAGCGCCAUCUACCGACGCGUUACAGGAAAUACUCGCCACCAGCAAGCCGGGAGACAAUCUCAAAAAAGUGCUUAAUCCUAAGCUAGAAUUCGGUUCUGCAAUAAUAGACCACGUUCUACAAGAGAACGGUCUAUCAGGCACCAUGAAACUAACGAAGGAGCCAGGGAAGGGCUUCCACGUGGAACAGGACUUGGAGAAGCUGGUGAAAGCCCUGAAGGAGGCUGAGGAGUUACUGGAUAUAGCUAGGAAGCAGGUGGCUAAGGGCUACAUAACCCAAAAGAAGGAGGUCCGUCCAAACCCCGACGGUGAGGGCACCAGUUUCCUCCUCACCAGCCAGGAGUUCCACCCGAUGCUGUUCUCUCAGCACCGGGAGAUGCCCCACGUGGAACACGAGACCUUCGACAGAGCUGUCGAUGAGUUCUUCUCUACGCUAGAAGGACAGAAGAUUGAUUUGAAGACGGUCCAAGUUGAAAGAGAAGCUAUGAAGAAACUGCAAAACGUUCGCAAAGACCACGAGAAGCGAGUGACGGAGCUGACGCGAGUGCAGGACAGCGACAAGCGAGCUGCCGAGCUCAUCUCCCGCAACCAGCCGCUCGUGGAGCAAGCCCGGAGAGCUGUGCAGGCCGCUAUAGCUAACCAGAUGUCAUGGGACGAUAUCCAAGCGCUAGUAAAGACGGCUCAGGACAACGACGAUCCUAUCGCGUCCUGUAUCAAACAGCUGAAGCUGAAGACCAAUCACAUCACGUUGUUGCUGUCGGACCCUUACGAAGGUGAUGAGGAGAGCAUCAAGCCUAUGCUGGUGGAUAUCGAUCUCAGUCUCACUGCUUUUGCUAAUGCUAGGAGGUACUACGACCAAAAGCGCAAUGCAGCGAAAAAGCAGCAGAAAACGCUAGAAUCAGCAGGGAAAGCGCUUAAAAGCGCUGAACGCAAGACUAAGCAGACGCUUAAAGAAGCUCAUACUGUCAGCAACAUUAUCAAAGCAAGGAAGACUUACUGGUUCGAGAAGUUCUUCUGGUUUAUAUCUUCUGAUAAUUAUCUGGUAAUAGGAGGGCGCGACCAGCAACAGAACGAGCUCCUAGUAAAGCGUUACAUGCGAUCCCGAGACAUAUACGUGCACGCGGAGGUGUCCGGCGCCGCGUCCGUCAUCGUGAAGAACCCCGGACAGGGGGAAGUGCCGCCCCGGACACUCGCUGAAGCCGGACAGGCCGCUGUGGCUUAUAGUGUAGCCUGGGAAGCGAAGGUAGUGACCCGGGCGUGGUGGGUGCACGCCUCGCAGGUCUCCAAGUCCGCCCCCACGGGGGAGUUCCUCACCACCGGCUCCUUCAUGAUACGGGGGAAGAAGAACUAUCUACUGCCCGAUCAGCUGCAGUUCGGAUUCAGUUUUAUGUUCCGGCUAGAAGACAGCUGUAUAGAGCGACACCGUGAUGAACGCAAACCAAUAGCUAUAGAAGACGCCUCUGACAUCACGUCAACCCAGGACUUGGAGGAAGACCAGGAGAUUCCGGUGUCUGAUGAUGACGAACCAUCAGACAAAGAGGAAGAUAAAACAGAUUCAAAUAAACUAGACGCCAUUAAAGAGGAGCCACAGACAACACAAGAUCUAAAGGAGGAACAGACUGCACAAGAUAUAACGGAGACGAAGGAGAUCGAAAGAGAAGAGAAUGAACAAGAGAAAGAGGGAGAUGAGAAUGAACAAGAAAAGGAGGGAGAUGAGAAAGAGGAAGAUGUGAGUGAGAGCGACAGUGAGUCCUCGGAAGAUGAGUUCCCUGAUACACAUAUCAAGGUUGAUCAUGGAACCGGUGAAGUUUUCGUCCAAUCAAAAUCCAGAACAUUUUCCGAGACAUCUGACAAAACGGAAGACAAAAUGCCGUCAUUCCCAGCUCUACCAAGAAAGGGCGGUAAGAAGCCACAGAAGCAGCAGAAGGCACAGAAGACUGCAGAAGAGAAGAAAGAAGAAAAGGGAGUAAAGCGAGGACAGCGCAGCAAGAUCAAGAAGAUGAAAGAAAAGUAUAAGAACCAGGAUGAAGAGGAUCGCGCUAUUAUGAUGGAGUUGUUGCAGUCGGCAAAAGGUGAGAAAGAAUCAAAGAAAGCUCAGAAGAAGGCAGCAGCAGCGAAAGCCAAUAAGGUGAAGACAGGCCCUCGAGGAGUGAAGAUCCCGCAGCCGGCGCCGCUCAUACUGGAGGCCGAGUCAGACCCUGAGGAGGUGGACCCUGAACCUGAUGCUGAGCAGCCAGGACCGGACGCGGACACGGAGAUGCUGUGCCAGCUCACCGGUAUUCCUCACACGGACGACGAGCUACUCUUCGCGGUGCCAGUGGUAGCACCGUAUUCCGCACUCAACAACUAUAAAUACAAAGUAAAGCUGACUCCCGGAGCCAGCAAACGCGGGAAGGCAGCUAAGACUGCUGUCCAGGUCUUCCUCCGCGACAAAGCCGGCACUCCUCGCGAGAAGGACCUCCUCAAAGCCGUGAAAGAGGAAAAUAUUGCAAGAAACUUCCCCGGGAAAGUCAAAUUAUCAGCACCACAGUUGCAUAAGCAUAAAAAAUAAUAUUUGUAAAUUAAUUUUGUUGUUUUGUUCUGUUUAUGUUUAAAUAAAUACAAUGAUAUUA